GGCACAGCGCGUUCAGUGUAGGGAGAAGCAGGGACUUACUGUCGGGGAAACUUUCUUACUAUGAAACUUAGGAAUAUUUUCAAAAUAUAGUAAAAAUUAUCCAAACCCCUCGUAAAUCAAUAACCUGCCCCAASGUUUUGAGGCGUUUCGCUUAGUUUUCUCGGAAUGGGCUUCUAUACUCACUAUUCUUACACUUUUUUGAAAGAAUGUGUGAGACAGGCAGUUAGCAAGCUAGCUAGCUAGCUGGCUAGCUGGGAGGUGAGACAGGCGGCAGGAGAACAAAAGAUUUUUUUUAGCCUUUUGGCCGGUUGUACUGACACCAAGUCCAUGCAGAACGUGUCGUUACCAUCACAAUGCCCGUUUUACUUUUUCUGAUAGACACGUCCGCGUCAAUGAACCAGCGCACCCAUCUGGGCACUACCUAUCUGGACAUAGCAAAAGGCGCUGUUGAGACUUUUAUGAAGCUCAGAGGCAGAGAUCCGGCGAGCCGAGGGGACCGGUACAUGUUGGUAAAUUUUGAAGAUGCUCCGUUCGGGAUCAAGGCUGGAUGGAAAGAGAGCCAUGCUACUUUCAUGACAGAGUUGAGGAAUCUCCAAGCGAACGGACUCACAACGUUUGGCCAGUCUUUGAGGACGUCUUUUGAUUUACUCAAUCUCAAUAGAUUAGUGACUGGCAUAGACAACUAUGGACAGGGAAGAAAUCCUUUUUUCCUUGAACCUGCAAUCAUCAUUGCAAUCAGUGAUGGCAACAAGUUGACGGGCAGCAGCGGCGUUCAGGACGAGCUCCACCUGCCCCUGACCACCCCGCUGCCGGGCAGUGAGCUGACCAAGGAGCCCUUUCGCUGGGACCAACGUCUGUUUGCUCUGGUGCUGCGGAUCCCUGGCAACGCUUCAGUUGAACCCGAGCCCCUCGGUGGCGUCCCGCCCGACGAUUCUCCCAUCACACCCAUGUGUGAGGUCACCGGAGGACGUUCCUACAGUGUUUUCUCUCAGCGCAUGUUGAAUCAGUGUCUGGAGUCUCUGGUGCAGAAAAUCCAGAGUGGUGUCGUGAUAAACUUUGAGAAGACUGGGCCGGACCCGCCUCCUCUGGAGGACGCUCCAGCUGAGGCGCUGAAGUCUGGACCCCAGCCUUGGCAUUGUUGUCACAAACUGAUCUACGUGCGACCCAACCCUAAAACCGGGGUCCCCAUCGGGCACUGGCCCAUCCCUGAGGCCUUUUGGCCUGACCAGAACUCUCCAACACUCCCCCCCCGCUCAGCCCACCCACACAUCCGUUUCUCCUGUGUGGACGCUGAGCCCAUGGUGAUAGACAAAGUGCCCUUCGACAAGUACGAGCUGGAGCCUUCGCCGCUCACACAGUACAUUCUGGAGAGGAAAUCCCCUCACACCUGCUGGCAGGUGUUUGUAAGUAACAGUGCCAAGUACAGCGACCUGGGCCAACCUUUUGGGUACCUAAAGGCCAGCACAGCUCUGAACUGUGUCAACCUGUUCGUAAUGCCCUACAACUACCCCGUUCUUCUACCACUUCUGG